AUGGCAGCUAUCGUGCUCAGUCUACUCGCUGUCGGGGCGGUUGCCAAGUUCAACCCUCUGCAACAUCUUGGAGGUAACGGUCCAUAUUUCUCUGGAUCCAAUGUCUUCAACAUCUGUCCUGAGCCUCCGUCUGGGUGUACGGUAGAUCAAGUAGGCUUCACAUCGCGCCAUGGCUCGCGAUACCCGGACCCAUCUGCAUAUUAUCAGUGGACCAACCUGAGCGCGAAGCCUUUCACAACAAAUGCCUCGGAAUUUCAAUUCUUGCACAACUGGCAGCCAGUUCUGCGUAACCCUAUCCCAGAGCUUUCGGAGCUGUCCAUAGGAGGCUAUAGGGAGCUAUAUGAUAUGGGAGUCCAAUACCGCUGGCUCUAUCCGACGCUGUAUACGGAGAACACACCUUUCGUACUGUGGGCGAAUCGCUACCAGGAGGGUAUCUUCCGUGUGGUUGACACGGCCAGACUCUUCGCUCGCGGUUAUGUGGGCCCCAAUGCAACGGCGGAUGGUAGCGUGUACGUAUUGAACCAAUCGGACCCGCGAUCCAUUGCCAACAGUCUGGCACCUUCGGAUCUUUGCCCAGCAUAUGUCGACAAUAGUGGUGGCGCAUAUGCGACUAACUGGUCCAACAUCUACGUGCCUCCCAUCGUCUCCCGGAUCAAUAGCUUGUUCCAAGGCCUGAAUUUCACCAGCUCAGACGUGACCCUGUUCCCGUAUUUGUGUGGUUUCGAAACGCAAAUCACUGGCCGCGUCAGCCCCUGGUGCGGCGCCUUUACCGAGCAGGAGAUUCUGCAUUACGAGUACGCUCAGGACAUCAGGUACUGGUACGGUAGCGGUCUGGGAACAACCGUCGACAAGAACCUCAUGUUGCCGUUCUUGACACAGCUUGUCCAGCGGUUUGUCGACGGGCCCAACGCUUCCUACCCCAAUGGUAAUGGCACGAACGCCUUCCAUCCCAACCCGCUCAUUGCUACGUUCACGAAUGAUGGACAGAUCAACCAGCUAGCAGCCGCUAUCGGUGUUUUCGAUGACCAGCCACCACUACCUGCUACGUACAUUCUUCAGAACCGUACGUUCCGGGCGUCCAACUUCGUUACCAUGCGCGGCACUAUCAGCUUCGAGCGCUUGAACUGUGGCACACAGGGCUUGUUCAUGCGCAUGAAGCUCAAUGACGAGGUGUAUCCGGUGCCCUCCUGCCAGCAAGGUCCGGGCAGAAGUUGCCCGCUGCAGCAGUACCAGGCUAUUAUUGCCUAUAAGAGCGCUGCAGCCGGCGACUUUCAGGUGCAAUGCGGGAUCGUGAACACAAGUGUUGUCCCGAUUGGGCAGGACAGGACCACGUUCUUGACUAACAUCAGUUUGCCGUGGGAGUACGUGGUGAGGCCGUGA